GCGACGGCGUGGGGCAAGCCAGCGCCCGCCCCACCGCCGCCUCCUCCCCCCGGAAUGCCUACCUCCUUUAUCGUUUGCACCGUGAUGUGGUUCAUUCACGGCUUCGUCCUCGAUGUCGUCGUGAUUGGCGUGCUGCCCUUCCUCUCCGCCUCCGCCUCGGACGCUCAGCGGGCUGACAAGUUCCCGUGGGCGCUCGGCGGGUACUCGGGCUUCGCAAAGGUGCCCAACCUGGCGCCGACCCACCGCCGCUUCAUUGCCGAGAAUGCGGCGUACGCUCUGCUGCGCAUUGCGCCCGCCUUCUUCAUCCAGAAUGUGGAGGUACUCCUCCUCGCAGUCAUCAGCUACUUCAUCGAGGGCGUGACGAUCGCGUGGGAGAUCUCCUGCUACAAGGCGCCCGCAGGCUCGAUGGUGCCGCAGACGCUCAUGGCUGUCUUUGCGUCGAUCGUCACCUACACCGUCACCAACAACGCCGGCGGGUAUAUCCCCAACGUGGACGCCUCUCUGCUGACCGCGAUGCAGGGCUUCUGCGCGGCCACCUGGGGCUGCUGGCUGGUCGGCGCGCUGUCGACGGCCACGGCAAAGGAAGACGGCCACCGCGUCUGAGGACCAGGGCAAAGAUGGAGGGUACGCGCCCUUGCCACCCAUGGGUGACGCGAGAGGGCGAGUCAGCGCGCGUGCAUAGCAAAACUCGCGCCUGCGGGCCGGAGCCUCCCUUCCGGACUCUUGGCCUUUGCACACGUGACCGAUAGACAGACGUUGGGUAUGUCGAGUACCAGUAGUAGUGCGGCCUCGUGUGGACGGCCUCGCUUAUCAUAGGACCGUGCGGACAUGUCAUGUGGUUAGUGGACUCUCUUCCGCAGGUGGGCGCGAAACACACCAACCACACCAUGGUUGGUUGCAUUAAAUUCAUUGUACACAUCGCUAAUUUUUGA